GCCAUUACUGGUCUGGCCUAGAUGGACGGCACUACGAGCGGCUAAAAGGUCCAGCUUGACUCGGAACUGACCUUUCUUCUCCUCCAUGUAUUUCCAGGAUCCAGGGAUCCUCUCUGGAUCAGCAGCAGAGAAAAAACAACAGCAGCAACAACAACAGAGAGGCAUCCAAAAAGAAAAGCCGGAGGGAAAUCUGCUUUGUGACGGCCUCGCGAUACCGCCAUGCUCUCUGUCACCCAUAUAUAUGUGGGUGUCCAAAAUUUUUCCACUCUUAGACUGUGUGACUAGUUUGGAACAGCUAACAGUGGAAAAAUGUCUCAGUACUCAGGAAAGAUCGUGUUCUAUGAGGGAAAAUGUUUCACUGGGAGGAAGCUGGAGAUCUGCAGCGACUGCGACAACUUUCAGGACCGAGGCUUCAUGAACAGGGUCAACUCUGUCCGUGUGGAGAGCGGGGCCUUCAUCUGCUUUGACCACCCAGACUUCAAGGGCCAACAGUACAUUCUGGAGCAUGGAGAGUACCCUGAAUUCCAGCGCUGGAAUGCCCAUAAUGAUCACAUGGGCUCCUGCAAGCCAAUCAGGAUGCAUGGAGAGCACUACAGGAUGGAGCUGUUCGAGGGAGACAACUUCGCUGGCCAGUGUGUGGAGCUGUGCGACGACUGUCCAUUCCUGCAAGCCCGAGGCCUGACAAAGAACUGUAUCAACUCCAUCAAGGUCUACGGAGACGGAGCCUGGGUGCUGUAUGAGGAGCCUAACUACCGCGGCCGCAUGUACAUCGUGGAGAGAGGAAACUACACCACCCACAUCGAGUGGCAGGCAGAGAACCCCAACAUCCAGUCUGUUCGCAGGGUGGCAAACUACUUUUAAAAACCAGCUCACUGUCACACCAACAGCUCGACUGCAGGGAUGCGAACAUCCGCUGAGGGAAUAAUAAAAAAAAAAAAACACUGUCAAGUAAUCUCAUGCUGACUCUGUGGGGCUGUAAAAUAAUAAAAGAUGAAGAAAAUGUUUGACAUUGCUUGUUGUUUUAUUUUUGUACUGAAUUAUUCAAAGGCUGAAAUAAAGCAGUGAUCCUACAAUAUA